AAAUCCAAGGGGAAUCCGGCGCACAAGAAGCCCUAGCCUCCAUUCCCAAUCCGCACUAAACCCUUCGUCGCCGCCGCCGCCGCCGCCGCCGCCGCCAUGCGGGCGCUCGACGAGAAGGAGACCAAGAUGGUCUUCGAGAAGCUCUUCAAGUUCAUCGGUACCAACCUGAAGCACCUCAUGGAGCGGCCCGCCGUGGAGGGGCCCGACCCGCAGCCCGGCCGCUACUGCCUCCGCCUCCACAAGAACCGCGUCUACUACGCCUCCGAGGCGCUCGUCCGCCGCGCCACCGCCGUCGCCCGCCCGCGCCUGGCGGGAGUGGGCACGCCCAUCGGCAAGUUCACCCACGGCGGCGCCUUCCACCUCACCGUCCACGCGCUCGACCUCCUCGCCGCCCACGCCCGCCGCCGCGUCUGGCUCAAGCCCGACACCGAGCGCUCCUUCCUCUUCGGCAACUCCGUGCCCAAGUCCUCCCUCGCCCGCAUCACCGAGAACACCCAGGCCAACGACGGCGUCGUCGUCAUGUCCAUGGCCGACGUGCCCCUCGGGUUCGGCGUCGCCGUCAAGUCGGCGCAGGACUGCAGGAAGGCCGACACCAACGCCGUGAUUGUGCUGCACCAGGCUGACGCUGGCGAGUACCUCCGCCGGGAGGAGGAGCUCAUGUGAGGUGCUGAGGUUUGAUGUUUGACACACUGGCAUGACUGCAGGACUGAGGGGAUGCAGGAAAUUUAAUUAAUUGCCACUUUUACAUGUUGAGUGACAAUAGAUUUGCCUCUCCCAUCACUGUAGCUGCGAGGGGGAUUAAGAUGAUAUGGCAAAUAGUGGCAAAAAGUUAAAAGUCCCGUUUAAGAUAGUGGAGGUCUGCUGUAUCAUCUAUCUAGUAGAAAAUUUUGUUCACAGGUUGUUCUAGGGGCUAUAAACUGUGUUAAGCUGUACGAUACUUGCCGUAUGCACAAAUCCUGGGUUCGGGUGUCUGAUUUGAUUGGUUUAAGCUGUCAAAUUAUUUCUAUAAUCUAUAGCACUGGGUAUCUCCUGGAGUUUGCCACAGUAAACUGCAAAAA